CGAAUUGCAGUACUAAACUAAGUUAUAACUAAACUUUAAUCAUUUGCACGCUUGUUUAAAGUUCAAUCAACUAAAAGAAGUGAUAAAAAUCUGCGUUUGUGUUGAAUAAAUUAUAAAUUCAAAUGAACUGGGUCAGCGUUUAAAAAAAAACUUUCUCAUUCGUGUUUUAUUUCAUUUUUACUCCCAACGUAUUUUUAAAUCAUGGCGGUCCUUAAUUUUUUGCACGUGUUCCGGAGACCUGUUGGUCGUCGUUAUUUUUCAAAUGUUGGGUUCGUGGGUCUCGGCAAUAUGGGAAAUUAUAUGGCGACAAAUUUAAUAAAAAAGGGAUACAAAUUAACAGUUUACGAUGUAAAUAAAACAGCGAUGAAGAAUUUAAUUGAAGCGGGAGCAACUGAAGCUAAAAGUGCUGCUGAGUUAUCAAAAAAUUCACAAGUUGUUAUUACGAUGCUGCCUACUAAUGAUCAUGUAUGGGAUUCAUAUACGGGGAAAGAUGGUUUAUUAAGCACAGCAAAAAAGGACACAUUAUUUAUAGACAGUAGCACAAUAGACCCGUCAGUGUCUCAAAAAGUAUCCGUAGAAACAAUAAAAAAUGGAGCUAAAUUUAUCGAUGGUCCAGUAUCAGGUGGAGUUGUUGGAGCACGUGAUGCCACGCUAACUUUUAUGGUCGGGGGUGAAAAAUCUGAAUACGAACGAGCUAAAAGUCUUCUAGAAGCCAUGGGAAGUCGAGUUGUUCAUUGUGGUGACGUUGGAAUGGGCCAAGUUGCCAAAUUGUGUAACAACAUGCUGCUGGCUAUCAGCAUGAUUGGAGUUUCUGAAGUAGUUAAUUUAGCCGACAGGCUGGGACUUGAUCCCAAAGUGAUGACAAGUAUAUUAAACACCAGUACCGGACGCUGUUGGUCUUCAGAAAUUUAUCCACCGGUUCCUGGAAUUAUUUCUACUGUUCCCAGUUCUAAUGAUUAUCAGGGAGGAUUCAUGACCUCAUUGAUGACCAAAGAUUUAGGUCUAGCUCAAGCAGCAGCGACUCGGUCCAAUACUCCGAUACCUUUGGGCUCUUUGGCUCAUCAAAUUUAUCGUAUUCUGAUGACUCAUGGCCUACAAAACAAAGAUUUUAGUAUUGUUUAUAAAUAUUUAAAACAAAGUAAUUACAAUAAUUAGUUUUAAUUAUUUUAAAUUACACUUAAGUGUUAUUUUUAUAUGAAAACUAAUUACUUUGGGCUUCCAGAUAUUUUUUAUAAUGUUUUAGUUCAAUUUUAUAUAAUUAUUAUUUUUAUAAAUUAUUUUAUCUGAUACAUUUAUCAGUUUAAGGAAAAAAUAAAAAAAUAAAGAAUUUUUUUCUACAAUUUA